AUGAUUUCUCAUUCUCAUCGCAUGGACUUUGAUCCACUUUCGUUAUUUACUCCCAUAGUAAGGGAAAUACCCACAGAAUCCCCUUCCAACACAUUCAUUAGUAAAGAUUCUGUGGAAGAACAAGUGGUGGAAGUCUUUGAAGAUGAAGAUCAUUUGACUCCAUUGCAUAUCCUUGAUUUCCCCUUACUUCAACUCAAACCUCCAUUUGAAGUUCUUUUAGUUCUUCUAAGAUUAAUAUCAUUAAAUGAAGUUUGGAACUUUCAACAAGAUGAAGAAGAUAGAGAAGAUCCGUUGGUAGUAUUCCAAGACAAGAAAAUUCCUUUAGAGAUUGUUUAUAUAAGUAUUGAAUGGUUUAAGGUGUACUGUACUCGAUUGGAUUCGGUGAUAAAACUUAGUUGUGUGCCCAAAUUGGCAUUUGCAUUGAAGAAAACCAAUGAUUAUAAUGAUUACUUAACCAGAAUCAUAUCCAGUGACCUUGGAUGGUUGAAUGACGAACAAAUAGCCAUAAUUCAUAAAGAAACCAGUUUAAGAAUAUCGGAGAAUUGUGGUAGAACGGCUCAACCUGAAUUGAUAAGGAAGAUUAAAUUGCAUAAUAUGGAGAAACUUGGUAAAGAGUAUAUCAAAUUGAAAGAACCAGCGUUAACCAGUGAUAAUUUGGGUUUGAAAACCUGGGGGUCAUCUUUAAUACUUAGUCAAAGACUUAUUAAUGAUCAUGAAUUGAAAGAACCAAUCUUAGAAUUAGGUUCAGGUACUGGACUUAUCGGUAUAAUAUUAUCAUGUCUCAAGUUCGAAGUAUACUUAACUGAUUUACCUGACAUUGUACCUAAUCUUAAAGAAAACAUGAUCAUCAAUGACUGUUCAGGUAUAAUUGAUGAACUCGAUUGGAAGAAUUGUGAACCAUUCCUUAAGAAAUAUCCUGUGGAUUUCAAUACUAUCAUUUUAAGUGAUCCUAUUUAUUCUCCAGAUCACCCCCAAUUGAUUUAUGAAGUGUUGAAUCGUUUAUGUAAACCUACCACAGAGAUUUUAAUUCAAAUACCAUUACGAAGAAAUUAUGAAGAUAUAAGAAGUAAAUUAUGGGAUCUAUUAAAUAAGAAAUAUCGGGAAGUCUAUAGCGAUAUCGAAAGGGGAUCAGACGAAUUUGGUGAUACAACCUAUUGUUUCAAGAAAUUCGUUCCUUUAUAA